AUGGCCAACACGGCGCGGAACGGCGUCAACGAGGGCGCAGAGCCCAGGCGGAGUACAGCUAUUGAGCCAUCCCAGGGAGGCCAGCCAAAGACAGCGUCCUCUUCGGAUGAGCACGGGAAGCCUCGAAGCUAUCAGCGCUUUGUCUUGACAGAUCCUGUGGCUUUCAGAUAUCUCGAAGAAGACCCCUCCACUACCGUCCUUGCACGCCGCCGCUCCCUGCAAGGCUAUGAAUGCUAUAUCGUGGAGCAGUGGGCCUGCUCUCGCAGCCACCCAACCUUCGUCAUAACCACCUUCACCGGCGACCCUUCGCAUUCCGUAAUCGUAAACGUCGUCAGCGUACCCACAGAGGAGGAAGCGUGGUCACCCGCACUUAAGGUGUACUUCAAGGCCUUGAACCAGUAUCAUGCAAAGAAGAGGGAUACGCCGCUGGGUACACUGAUGAUCACAAACCUGAGUGGAUUUCCGUCCAGCCUAACGGUCAUUCCCGUACCCGGCGGCGAUGUGAGGAAGUACCGUGAAGACUUCUUCGUCAACGAGAACUUGAAGAGGUUGGGCUGCUCAGGACGUGUGGGAAUCCAGCUGGCGAAGCCAAGCGGAGCCACACAAGCAAAAUUCCAUCAGCUGUACCGGACGAGUGAGAAGAUUGAUUUUGCCAGUUCAGUUAUCGAGCUUGUCAAGCUCUGUCAGAUGGCGCUGAUGCUGUUUGGAAAACUGGAAGUCGAGUAUGCGGACGGGUUGCUCUGCGACGUUACGGAACAGUCAAUCAACGACUGGUGGAUCGAGCUCGGCUCGGAGCACUACAACAUCGAGCCGCACGACGGGAUACUUGGACCUACGACAGUCGCAGCUCUGCUGGGCAUGCUUUUGGGCGCCCGGAAUCGCCUCAAUGCAUAUGGUGCGCCUGUAUCCAAGGAUGUGUUCGAUAUCGAAAGCACCAAGCGCGGCAUUGCGUACUUCCAACGCGCUCAACGUAUGACCAAAUCUCGCCGACUCGAUCGCCAAACACUCGAAAGACUUCAUCGCUCCACUGCUAAAGCGGCCAACGGAGAGGAAUGGGCGCUUCCUCGGGCUGUCAAGUCCACCAUGGCCGAGCUGAGUGGCAAAGGCGGCGAGAUGCUCAUGGACGUUGUGGGUGCUCGAGGUAAAGCCGGUAUAGCGGAAAUCGAGACUACGGACAUCGAGGUUUUCGUCGAGCUCUUAUAUGGCGAACGGUGCAAGUGGCUGUGGUAUGGCAAGCCUAGAAAAACCGGGUCUGGCGACACAUUCGACAAGCUGCCAACCGAGGAAGGCUUGGUGUUUCAGAAGGACGACCAGGGCGGUUACGCUUGGGCUGGAAGGAGAAAAGAUUCGACUGCCGUGGGAACCCGUGAGGACUUUCUCUUACAUCGAAGACAAAUCUCAAACCAGCAAGGGCCGCCCGAAGCAGUCGAGAAAAUCCAAGAUCCCAAGAGGAAGCUCUUGAAGCGAGCAACAGGCAAAGUAGCCGCGUCCGGCCGUACGCUCAAGGACGCCGUUAACCUACGCGGUCACCAGCAUAAGCACUCGAAAGAUGACAAUGCCUAUGUUCCUGACAACGUGAAAAGGCCACUACCCCGACGGACCAGCACCGCUCCAAGCAGUCCGACUAGCCCACCUGUCGACCGCACUAGCUUCGAAGGCUCGGCUCAUCGGUCGCCGACAAAGCGAAAUGUUAUCGCUGCACCUACCUUUACAAAGGUGUUCUCACAAACACCCACCGAGUCAUAUACGAACUUGCCUCCUGAGAAAACCGAGGACGACAGAACUGACAAGCAACCAGAGCGAAGAGGAGCCCUGGGUUCAUCGCUUCGAGCUCUUUCCAACCCCUCUACCGCCAAGUCCUCUGUAGCUGGCUCUGUGUAUCGCGGUGUCGAUCUAGAUGACCUGUUUGGCACGGCGGAAGAAACGUACCUACCACCAGUAUCCCUUUUGCGCCGGACGCAAAGCAUCACUGAGGGCAUGCCACGCCACCUCAAUAGCGUAGAGCUCGACCGCUGGCCCCGCCACCUCUCCUUCAGCGUUGCCGAGGACAGCGUCCUGACCUGGAACGAUCGUCCGGGCGCCAAUGACGAAGAAGACAACCACCCAACUGACCCAAAGAAACAGCUGAUAAUGGAGCUCUGCCUCGCCGAAGACGCUAAGCGCGCCGCUGCCAGCAUGUCCCACGUCACUUCUAAGCUCGUCCCGUGGACACAGCGCCGCAUCGACACUAUCAGAGACCUGGACGCCCAAGCGGACCACAACCAGCAGGAGUUGGAAGACCUGUACUAUCCGCUGUUGGACUCGUACAACAGUUUGUCUGAGGAAUCGAAGGAGAUUCUGGCGCGGGAGCGCAGCAGAUUGCAGGCGGGUAUCAAGGAGAUCGAGACGUUGGGCUCGAAGCUGGAGUAUGAGAUUAAUGUACUACGCUCCAAGGUCGAGGAUGUGGAGACGGGGGUUGAGGAGCUGGGGAGGCAGGUUGGGUAUAUUGAAGGGAGGCUAAGGGAGGUGGAUGGGGAGGGGGAAGGGAAGGGGUGGUGGAGGUGGGUGACUGGCGGGCUGGUUGGGAUGAUUGGGUUGGAGAAGUAG